CCAAAAAGUAAGCGGAGUGGACCUCAGUAAACUUCCCUCUGAGGUGUCAUCAACGUUUUGAGUGAUUAAGUGUCGACAUAAUGUGAGAUUAAUGUCCGCUUAUCAUCUUGUCUCUCCAACUCUGUCAACUAAUAGCUCAAACUAAAGAAAGCGACUCGAUUCUUGACGCAGCUCGAAUUAGAGAGCAAUAUUCAUUACUGUUUGCUGACCAAUCGGUAGCUAGGCAGCUAUGCCGACUCACCCGCAAAAUCAUAAUAUCAAUCCGUUGCCCACUACUGCGAGCAAUGCUGAUGACUGGACACGGGACAUACCGUUGUGUCCGUUCUCUCGGGUUGCCACAAAUAUUAAUCAGCUCUACCACAACAACGGAUCAAAGAGCGAUGUGCACCCAUUAUACGAAAAUGGCUUCAAUUUCCGGCAAGGCGAUAUCUUCGUGUACGGCUUAUUUUCGGGCACAGGUUCUGCGCGCUGUGCCAGAUUUGCCUCCUCUGCGUUCCCUGCAGAGCUAAUUUUUGGUCAAAUAGAACCCGGGCAGUCGCGCGAACGCAUUUUACGGACUCUGCGCGAAGCAUGGCUAUUUGUUGACAAACAGUAUUUGUCUACCCUCAAUGACCUCAUGGUUGACCUCGUUCGAAUCGAGAUUGACUCGGAAAACUUAUUGCAACAGGGUGCUCCGCUGUCAUCCUUGCCUGACUCGGACCGAGCAAGAAAUAUCUCUCGCGAGGUGAACUCUAUUGCCUCUGGAGAAAUUUGCGUACUAGUUGAUAAUACCCUGUACCUUUCGUACGCCGGUGAAUGCGUUGCAGUUCUUGUCCAUGGAAAAGGCGACCAACAACGCAGCGACGAGCAAUGGAAUGUUUCGGUAUUGACGUGCGCUCACAAUCGAGACAACGACGAUGAAAGGCUCCGUUUAGGCGAGCAGACUCUUAUAGAUCUCGACAUUGCUGGGGUGCACCAAACUCGUUUCCUCGGUCAUCCUAACCUUAAAGGGCAUACUUCGCUUCGAGUAGAGCCCGAGGAAAUAGUAAUCGAAGUAAGUCCGACAUGGAAAUUUCUGGUUCUUGCCUCGCCCGGGGUUUUUGAGGUUCUGGGGCAUCUCAACCCUUCCGCCCAUGAAAUGUGCGAGCUGGCCACCAUACUAUGCAGCCAAAUUCUUGAGGAAAUCUCAAAGUGUCGGGAAAAGCCGUCCCUUAAUCCUAGUCAGUCUAUUAAUUCAACGCUGACGGAUAGCCCAGUGCUAAACGGAGUGGCAGAAAACGUUAUUGAAGAAUUAGCAAGAAUGCAUUUUCGUGCUUUCUCUAAGCGGAUUCUAACGCAAAGCUACCGGCCAGAUAUGACACUUAUUCUGCGCAUUUUUGAUGAGAUUCUUCUUCAACGUAAAGAGCACCCGCUCGCAACGUUUCAACAACAAUUUAUACCUGUUUUUCCGUCUACCAUAUCUUCUACUCUCUCAUCCGUGUACGAUACAAGCUCAUCCUUAGCAACACGUCCAAAAGAACCGAUCAAAGCGUAUGUUAACUUUGAGAAAUUCAUUAAACGGAUGUCACAAGAUAAAACAGUUCCGAAGGAUUGGCUACUCACAGGGGUCUCCGACAAUGUCAAUGGAACUUUGUCUGAUUUAUGGGAAGUUGACGGUACGACACCCUCUGUUAGUCCACCUACGAUUGCUACUAAGGACCAUCUGAUCGGUAUCGAAGAAAUGGCAGCUACCGCUGGGCCCGAAACGCGAGCAACAAUGUUAUUAAACUUCGCUACAAAAGAGGCAAACGCUGUUGGAUAAUUGAGGUUACUUCUCCAUUUGCA